ACGUCAAAGAUGGACUAACAUUUCCUCCGAGUCGCUUUCUCACUAGGAAAAUUCCAUUGUGGUGGCGAUCUCUCUUCUCAGCUCACGAUCCGAUACAAUUCUCUUUCUCCGGCAACUUUAACCUUUUCCGUUGUCAAACUGCGGGGAGGAAAUCUCAUUUUUUUCCUUCCAGUCAUACCGUCGUCUUUAUUACUUCUUCUUCUCCUUCGAACGGGCGGGUGUUUUCCUUCCCUGGAAUACACCGCGUUUCAUUUCCUCAGAUCAGAAUAGCUCCGAUUUCAGUUCGUAGUCGUGAGGAUUCUUAUUCUCAGAGUGCUAAAAUAGCUGGAGACGAUGGCCGAGGCUAGGCGCUAUGUUGUUGGUAAUCAAUUAGAUAUUGAGCAGAUACUCUUAGAAGCACAACAUCGGUGGCUACGCCCCGCUGAAAUCUGUGAAGUUCUUGAAAAUUAUCAGAAAUAUCAUAUUUCCGCAGAACCUCCAAAUGCACCACCAAGUGGCUCUCUGUUCCUUUUUGAUCGGAAAGUGCUAAGAUACUUUAGGAAGGAUGGGCAUAAUUGGAGAAAGAAAAAAGAUGGAAAGACUGUAAAGGAAGCCCAUGAAAAGCUGAAGGUUGGAAGUGUUGAUGUUCUGCACUGUUACUAUGCCCACGGAGAAGAAAAUGAAAAUUUUCAACGACGCAGUUAUUGGAUGCUUGAAGAGAAACUCUCACACAUUGUUUUUGUCCACUACCUGGAAGUAAAGGGAAACAGAGCAAAUUUUAAUCGUGUUAGAGAGAAUGAAGCUGCUACUCCAUAUUCCCAAGAAAUGGGAGAAAUUAUGCCCAAUUCUGAGGCAGGAAGUUCUAUUUCUUCCAGAUUUCUUCCAAAUAAUUGCCAAGUGCCUUCAACUACACAUGCUACCGAUACAACAAGCCUAAAUAGUGCACAUGCAUCGGAAUAUGAAGAUGCUGAGUCAGUGUAUAAUCCCCAAGCAACUUCUGGAUUCCAUUCUUUUUAUGAGCGACAACAGCCUACUAUGGAGAAGUUUGAUGCUGGAACCUCUGAUCCUUAUGUUCCUCAGUCCUAUUCAAAUAGUUUUGAAGGAAAGUUGUCAGUGGUUCCUGGUAUGGAUAUAGCCUCCAUUCAAGCAGGCAAGGGAAAAUAUGGCAAUGAUUCUGAAUUAUCAUAUGAGUCCCAGAAGCAACUGGACUUUUUACUAUGGGAAGAUAUCUUGGAAAAUUUUACUCCUGGCAUGCAAUCCAUGCAAAACCAAGCAUCAUUUUCCUCUACACAACCUGCUACCAUGGGCCAAAUUUUGAGCAACAACUUCCUUAAAAGGCAGGAGUUUGGGGGGCACCCACUAAUGCAAGAAGAGUCUCAGGUUUCUGAUGUUGAUAAUUCUAUGCAAAAUGACUCCCAAACACGGCUUUCAAAUGGAGAGCAUCUUUAUGUUCUUCCACCAGAUUCAGAUGGUGACUUGAACUUGGAGGGAAAGUCAAUCUACCCGUCUGCUAUAAGGCAGCAUUUGUUAGAUGGUUCUUUAUCAGGAGAGGGGUUAAAAAAGCUUGACAGUUUUAGCCGCUGGAUGAGCAAGGAACUUGGAGAUGUUACAGAUGUAGAUGAGUCACAUAUGCAGUCAAAUUCUGGGGCCAACUGGGAAACAGUUGACAAUGGAAAUGAGAUUGAUGUAUCUGGCAUUCCAUCUGAAGGAAAAACAGAUACCUUUACAUUGGGUCCUUACUUGUCUCAGGAUCAACUUUUUAGCAUUGUUGAUUUCUCACCAAAUUGGGCAUAUGGAGGCUCUAAAACCGAGGUGCUGAUCAGAGGAAGAUUCUUGAAGAGUCCUGAUGUGAUAGAAAAUUGUAAAUGGUCAUGUAUGUUUGGGGAAGUUGAAGUUCCAGCCAAGGUUGUAGCAGAUGGUGUUCUUCAUUGCCAUACUCCGACACAUGAGGCUGGCUGGGUUCCUUUCUAUGUCACAUGUUCCAAUAGACUGGCUUGUAGCGAAGUGCGAGAAUUUGAAUACCGAGUCAGCCAUUCUGAUGAUAUGAAUACUGCAGAUAACUGCAGUGCCAACAGUGAAAAUCUUCUUUCUCGAUUUGGUAAAUUCUUGAGCUUAAGCUCCAGUACUCCUAGUUCUGAAACCAGCAGUCUCGAUGAUGUGUCCCAAUUGAGCAGUAGAAUUAAUUCGUUGCUCAAGGACACCUUAGGAUGGGAGGAGAUGUUAAAGUUUAGUUCGGAAGAGGAAUGUCAUUCGGAAAAAUUAAUGGAGGAACUGCAUCAGAAGAUGCCGCUGAAAGAAAAACUGCGUGUAUGGCUCAUACAGAAAGUAGCUGAAGGUGGUAAAGGCCCUAGUGUGUUGGAUGAGGGUGGCCAAGGUGUACUACAUUUUGCAGCUGCUCUUGGCUAUGAUUGGGCUUUUGAACCUACUGUAGUUGCUGGUGUAAGUGUUAAUUUCCGUGAUGUGAAUGGAUGGACUGCACUUCAUUGGGCUGCAUCUUGUGGCAGAGAGCGUGCAGUGGCUUCCCUCAUUUCUUUGGGUGCAGCUCCUGGAGCAGUAACAGAUCCAUCACCUAAAUAUCCUUUAGGCAGAGCACCCGCUGACCUGGCCUCUGCUAAUGGACAUAAAGGAAUUGCUGGAUACCUUGCAGAGUGUUCUUUAAGUGCCCACCUUUCAUCCCUUAAUUUGGAUAACCAAGAUGGUCAUGCUGCAGAAGGAGCAAAAGCAGUGCAGGAAUUUUCAGAAAGAACUGCAACUCCAUUUAGCAUAGACAACACAUCAGAUGUCCUGUCACUAGAGGACUCAUUGGCUGCUGUCCGUAAUGCUAACAAAGCUUUUUCACGUAUUCAUCAGGUUAACCAGGUGCAUUCCUUCCAAAAAAAGCAGUUAAAAGAGUAUGGGGAUGACAAUCUUGGAAUGUCAGAAGAGCGUGCACUUUCACUUUUAGCGGUUAAGUCUUACAAGCCAGGACAAAAAGAUAAACAUGCACAUGCAGCUGCAACUCGCAUACAAAACAAAUUCCGUGGUUGGAAGGAUAGAAAACAGUUUAUGAUAAUCCGAGAGAAAAUUGUCAAAAUUCAGGCUCAUGUAAGAGGUCACCAAGUCAGGAAAAACUAUAGGAAAAUAACCUGGUCUGUAGGAAUUUUGGAGAAGGUGAUCUUGCGUUGGAGAAGAAAAGGGAGUGGUUUGCGUGGUUUUAAGCCAGAAGCACCUCCUGAGACUCCUAAUAUGCAUGAAGAAUCCUCAAAAGAUGAUGACUAUGAUUUUCUGAAAGAAGGCAGGAAACAAACAGAAGAAAGAAUGCAGAAGGCACUCGCUAGGGUAAAGUCUAUGGUUCAGUAUCCUGAAGGCAGAGAUCAAUAUCGCAGACUGCUGCAUGUUGCCACUGAGAUCCAAGAGAAAAGGGUAACUGAAUUGUUUUCUUUCUCAGUUUCUUUACUCUUUUAGUAGUAAUCAUAACUGAUUUCACCUAACGUUUUACACAAUCCUAAAUUUCUUAGGUAUAAAUAGAAAAUGUUUUAAAUUUACAUACAGAUCAAUAUCUUAUGGAAUUAUCGCUGAUAAGAUCAAGUUAUAUCCUGGAUAUCUGAUACGGAAGGAAUUAAGAGCAUGUCAAAAUUUGAGGUUGCAUUAGUUGUCUGUCUUGUUCCAGAGGAGAUUUUCUUCAUUUAUGGAAAUUGUUGGUACCUUUUGUUCUCCAUUACAUAGUACGAAUAAAAAGUUUGAUGUCAGGAGCUCGUUAGGAUGGAGCAUUUUAUUUUUUUGGCGUAUUGAUAGUUUCUUUAUCCAACAUGAUACGGGAUGUAUGAACUUUGUUUCCUUUAACUGACUUUGCAGCUCCAUGCCCCGGAUCCAAGUGGUUUUGACGAACUGUUAGAUAUUGAAGCACUUUUAGAUGAUGACUCUUUCAUGUCCACAGGAACUUGAAUACAUCCUUCAUCCUUGGUUCAUUAUAUUUUCUUGUAAAUCAUAUGUGGCUUGGCUAAUAUUUGCUCAGUUGGUUAGUCAUAAUAGAAUUUGUUUGUAAAUGUAGCUAAUUCUUGUAAUGACCCCUGUACCCGAAUAGAUAGCAGCCAUGUUACCCAAAUUCCAUUCGGCCGUGCUGCAUGAUUGUUUUUAUAUCAGUAGUUGCUAAUUAAAAGUUUAUGGUAUA